CAAAUUUUAAACAUGACCUGUUGCUUUGGCGACUCCAUUUCUAUUAAAUGUGAAAAUGAAGCAAAUAAAUGGGCUAAAGAUGUUGUCCCAUAUCUUCUUUCAGUCCGUGAUACCCAAAAAUUUUUCCCACAAACAUUUAGGCCCAAAGAAUUAUCUUUUAAAAAUUAAUCGCCCAAUAUGGUGGGUUGCAGAAAGAAGCUACCCCAAAUGACAACAUUAACAAUGGCCAAAAACCUUCUCCGCUGUUUUGCUUCUUCUUCUUCUUCUUCUUCCUUGAACCCUGUCUGCAAAAACAAACCAAUUCGAGUGAGAAAUGGAGAGAUCGGAACAAUUUCAGCAUAUUUUUUCUGCACUGGAACUGAUACUACUACUAAACCAUCUUCGCCACCCCUUUCUGUGGAUGAGAACACACUAUUCCGGAGGCUAAUGGGUGCUAUCCAUCCUAGGAAUCCCAAUCGUAAAGCACCCUCUCAAGUUCUGAAACAAUGGGUUGAUGAAGGUAGAGAAAUUGACAUUCGGGUCGUCUUCGAUUCCGUCAAGCUGUUUAGAAAAAUGGGUCGUUACCGUCACGCCCUAGAGAUUUCUGAAUGGAUUCGUAGCAUUUCUAAUCCAAAUUAUAGAAUUGGAAGUGCAAUACACCUGGAUCUGAUUUACAAAGUCCAUGGUCUGGAGCAAGCGGAAAGGUAUUUUGAGAGCACCCCUGAUGAUUCAAAAGAUCCCCAUCUCUACAGAUUUCUUUUGAACUGUUACGUGCUCGAAAAAUUGUUGGAUAAAGCGGAGGCCAUCAUGCAGAAGAUGAGAGAGUUGGGCGAUGCAGAUAACUUGUCCUACAACCGUAUGCUGACUCUUUACUCACAGAUGCGGGAGUCGAUAAAAAUGAUUUCUUUAGUGCGAGAAAUGGAGAACAAAGGUAUGAAUUUGGACAGCUUCACGUAUAGGAUUUUGUUGAAUGCAUAUGGAUCUACAAGUGAUGUAAUGGGAAUGGAGAAACUGUUGAUGAAGAUGGAAGCCGACCCUCUUGUAGUUAUGGGCUGGAAUUCUUACUCUAUCUCCGCAAAUGGGUAUCUAAAAGCCGGGGACAUUGCCAAGGCUGCAAGUAUGCUAAAAAAAUGUGAACAUAAAAUCAAGGAUGAAGAACGAAGAGGUUUAAGAUCUAGCGAAGUAGGUCAUGCUUACGAGGUUAUUAUGACUCAAUAUGCUAGUAUGGGUAAUAAAGAUGAGGUAUAUCGCAUAUGGAAAUUGCAUAAGAAACCUAAGAGGUGGCUUAAUAAGAGUUAUACUUGUAUGAUUAGUUCCCUGCUGAAAUUGGAUGACACUGUCGGUGCACAUAAGUUGUUUGACGAAUGGUUUUCUAGAAGUGUGUUUUUUGACAUUCGGAUUCCAAACCUCCUUUUGGCUGCACUUUGCACGAAAGGUCAGGUGGAAGAAGCAGAGUUGAUUGUAAAAAAACUCUUGGAGAGAGGAAAUGAGCCUAAUGCGAGGACUUGGCAUUAUAUGGCAUCAGGUUAUGUCAAAAAAUAUCAGAUGGAAGAUGUAAAAUGGACAAUGAAUGGAUUACGUAAAAAUCCUCGGCGGAGACCAGAUAUUCCUGUUUUUGCUUCUUGUUUUGAGUAUUUAGAGGGAAAAGGAGAUAAUUGUGCAGCUGAAGAGAGUUUAGGUUUGCUUGAAAGAGUUAAAUCAAGUGCGGAUUUGAAAGACCUAAUUUCGAAGUAUAUGAGAAAGGGAGAUUCGUCUGUGCUGGCUCAGAUAGAGAAUGAGUCCGCCAGACUGGAAGAGAAGCUCUAAACCUAGGACAGCACUGUGAUGAACUUAGAAAGUGAAUCUGGAUGUUCUGGAAAUGGGGCGGUGGCUCAUAAGUUUAAAGAGGUUCUAACUUCUAAUAAUUGCUAUAUUUGAUGAAUUUGAAGAUGAAUCAGAAGCCAUGCAGUGAGCAGCUCUUCUUUUGGAAUGUGCAUAUAUUCUUCAUCUCAUUCAGCAGUUCCAUCCAUGAAAACCAAGGCAUCAUUAAUCUUGUUUGACAAAUGAAGAGAUUUUAGUUUUAGGCCUUUUGGCUGUCAAUACAUUUGACAAACAGUGUAUUGGGUGUGACAAGCCAUUAAUGUAUUCCUUAUGUCCCAAAAUUAUUGUUCAAUUCGAAAUUAUACUAAAAAUAAAUAUUCAAACUGGACAAUUUUAGGAUAGAGGGUGUAUUCGGUAAAUCUUUUGUAAAAUAGUGUGUUGACACAACAUGCAAUUUGUUCUAAUUGAAUGGUAAGUUCUACCCACAAACAGUGUAUUGGGUGUGACAAGCCAUUAAUGUAUUCUUUACGUCCCAAAAUUAUUGUUCAGUUCGAAAUUAUACUAAAAAUAAAUAUUCAAACUGGACAAUUUUGGGAUAGAGGAUGUAUUCGGUAAAUCUUUUGUAAAAUAGUGUAUUGACACAACAUGCAAUUUGUUCUAAUUGAAUGGUAAGUUCUACCCACAAACAGGGU